GUCCAGAUUCUAUUUUCCCUGGUGACCAAUCGGUAUUAGUGUGAAUUGUGGCGGAUAAGUCGGGACAGUGAGACCGUUAAAAGGGCACCAAUCAUAGCCAACAGAACCAAUCUGUUCUUGUUGAAGCCAAGGGCUGAUAGUAAAAGACAGCCUGAAAAAACUAGCUGAACUGAAAUGGCUUCAACCACCAUCUCUCUUUCUUUGCCAUCAUUUUCUUCUUCUUCUUCAACUCAUUCCUGCACUCAAACCAAACCAUCCAUAUUCAGCCACCACCAACUCACCAGGAAGAACUUACCAUCUUCACUCUUUACUUCAACAACAUUCCUUUACAACAGAACAGCAACAAGAACUCAACAAAUCAGCACCUCCUUCAAAGUCAAAUGCUCAGCUGCUGCCUCUUCUUCCGCUACUCUUCCUUCAGCUCUUCUUUUUGACUGUGAUGGUGUCCUCGUUGAUACUGAGAAGGAUGGCCACAGGAUUUCAUUCAAUGACACUUUCAAAGAAAAAGAGUUGGGGGUUACAUGGGACGUGGAUUUGUAUGGGGAGUUGCUCAAAAUUGGUGGUGGAAAAGAAAGGAUGACAGCUUACUUUAACAAGACAGGGUGGCCAGAAAGAGCUCCAAAGAGUGAAGAAGAAAGAAAGGAAUUCAUUGCUUCACUUCAUAAGCGAAAGACUGAGUUGUUCAUGGCUCUCAUUGAAAAUAGACUGUUACCUCUUCGUCCUGGUGUUGCGAAGUUGAUUGAUCAAGCUUUGGGGAAAGGAGUAAAAGUUGCUGUGUGCAGCACAUCCAAUGAGAAGGCGGUCUCUGCAGUAGUUUCAUGUUUACUGGGACCAGAGCGAGCAGAAAAGAUCAAGAUAUUUGCUGGAGAUGUGGUUCCCCGCAAAAAACCUGAUCCAGCCAUCUAUACCUUAGCCGCAAACACUCUCGGGGUUGAUCCUUCAAGUUGUGUUGUUGUAGAAGACAGUGCCAUAGGACUUGCUGCAGCCAAAGCUGCUGAAAUGACUUGCAUAGUGACAAAGAGCGGAUAUACAGCCGAUGAAGACUUCUUAAACGCUGAUGCAGUCUUUGACUGCAUUGGAGAUCCACCAGAAGAGCGGUUCGACUUGGCAUUCUGUGGAAGCGUUCUACAGAAGCAGUAUGUUAGUUAAACCGUAAAAUAUCAACUGUAAGAGAGCUACUCCAAAUUUUAUUAAUGCCCAAGUCAUUUUGUUCCUAUAAUUGUUUGUUAAGACACAAACUUAAGAUCAAUGCCUAGACUUUAUUCGUAGCUGUCACUUUUGGUUCUAUGAAUGAAAAAAUCACUGUGAAAAGUUCUUCCCACCAA